AUGGUUCCAGAACGGGCUGAAGGAUUCGAGUUAGCGAGCAGUGCCAAUUUUAGAGACUUGUGCAAGACACGACUUGAACAGCAGGAAGAGUUGUAUGAUACUGAAAUAGAUCCCCUAUAUACCGACACCCUUGAGUUGGAUGGAGGUCAAACCUGUCUAAUCCCAGACCCAAAGCUACUGUGGACCAAUCCGGAGUGUCUUGGGCUUAAAGGCCUUACAGCUAACGACAGAUAUCAGAUUGUUUGCCGCUCACUGGAAUCCAAAAAAAUUGAUGCAUCUCAGAUCCUCUACAAAAAGGUUAGAAAGGACACCAGAGAAGACUCGGGUUGGCUUGACAACUGGAAAGCUGGCUGUGUGAUCUGUGCAGACCCAGAGAAACCCUUGAGCGGUUUACUAGCCUGCCGGUGCCGCUUCAAAGCUUACUGCUUGGAAUGCCUGCGUUCACUCGAAGAAUCUCAUGAAGCCGGUAAUGAUUUGAGAGAAGGACGCAUCUCGUGCCCAACAUGUCGAGACUUGGUUUAUAUCAUUAGCUCCAGCUGGGUUAUGCUUACGCAGGAAGAGAAAGCAGCCCGACUCAAGAAAAGAAGUGUUGAAAAGAUAGAAAAACGGAGAUUAAACAAACUCAAUAAGCAACUAAAGAAGCAUGUGUUCGGAAGUGACAAACCUGAGGAUUAUGACCAAGGAGCCGCCAGUAGCUCGACACCCAUUGGUGUACAUGUGAUGAUCGGUGCUGAUCGUGCAUCGCAUAUCAAGGUGAUGUCGUUGUUCUUGGCACUAGAUUCCACUAGUCCAACGGAGAAGAUUGUCAACAUUUACCGUGCACAAUACCCAUCGUGUGAUGCAACGGAUGAGGAGAUAUUGGCUCGGUGGUCCACAUAA